GAUGUCGCAACCUUGAUUAAACCGGAAUGAGUUGUCAGAUGAUUCUUCAUUUUUUGAAAAGUAAUCUUUAACGGCGUACAUUUUGACCACUGUCACUGAUAAAACUAAAUAUUUUCUCCGUAUGUCAUGGAGGCUCGGACUGGGAAUUUUGCUUUCUGUCUUAUAUUCACAGCCUGUUUGCUUAACGUGUCUCUGCAAGGGGAGCAUCAGCGGAGGCUGUAUAAAGACUUGAUGAAAAAUUACAACCCGCUGGAGAGGCCGGUGUUUAAUGACUCGCACUCCCUCACCGUCUACUUCAGCUUCAGCCUCAUGCAGAUCAUGGACGUGGAUGAGAAGAACCAGGUUUUUACAGCUAACAUCUGGCUACAGCUGUACUGGCAGGAUUACUAUCUGCAGUGGAAUGCCUCAGAAUAUCCUGGUGUGAGUAGCGUGAGGUUUCCUGACAGCCUGAUCUGGAAGCCAGACAUCCUGCUGUAUAACAGUGCUGAUGAGAGGUUUGAUGCCACCUUUCACACCAAUGUCCUGAUCAACUCCUCUGGGCAUUGUCAGUACCUCCCCCCAGGGAUCUUCAAGAGCACCUGCUACAUCGAUGUGCGUUGGUUUCCAUUUGAUGUUCAGAGAUGUGAUCUGAAAUUUGGCUCCUGGACUUAUGGAGGGUGGUUGCUGGACCUGCAGAUGCUGCAGGCUGACCUCACAGGAUACAUUCCCAGUGGGGAGUGGGACCUUGUAGAGGUCCCAGGGCGUAGAAACGAGAAGUUCUAUGAGUGCUGCAAAGAGCCAUACCUGGACGUGACCUUCACCGUGGUGAUGCGCAGACGCACCCUCUAUUACGGCCUGAACCUGCUCAUCCCCUGCGUGCUCAUCUCCACCUUGGCACUGCUGGUAUUCCUGCUGCCUGCAGACUCUGGAGAGAAGAUCUCCCUUGGAAUCACUGUGCUGCUCUCGCUCACCGUCUUCAUGCUGCUGGUGGCUGAGAUUAUGCCGGCCACCUCAGAUUCUGUGCCGUUAAUUGCCCAGUACUUUGCCACCACCAUGGUCAUCGUCGGCCUCUCCGUGAUUGCUACCGUUCUGGUGUUACAGUACCACCACCAUGAUCCCGACGGGGGAAAAAUGCCGAAAUGGACGCGUGUGGUUCUGCUGAACUGGUGCGCCUGGUUCAUGAGAAUGAAGCGGCCGGGAGAGGACAGGGUGCGGCCAGCCUGCCACAACAAGCGGCCGCGCGGGAGCAUCUCCAGCGUGGAGCUGAACGCCAGCACCGGGCCGCCCCAGUAUGCCAACGGCAACAUGCUCUACAUCGGCUUCCGGCACAUGGAAAGCGUGUCCCACACCAACACCCCCGACUCCGGGGUGAUCUGUGGUCGGCUGUUGGCAGCCGGCGAGGAGGAGCUGCCGCUGCCAGGAAUCCAAACCUCCGGCAUCUCCGGCGGGGACCCUGAGCUGACCAAGAUCCUGGAGGAGGUGCGCUACAUCGCCAGGCGCUUCCGGGAGCACGACGAGGAGGAGUCUGUCUGCAACGAAUGGAAAUUUGCUGCCUCCGUCAUCGACCGGCUCUGCCUGAUGGCCUUCUCUAUCUUCACCAUCCUCUGCACCAUCGGCAUCCUCAUGUCUGCACCCAAUUUCGUAGAAGCUAUCUCCAAAGACUUCUUUACCUGAGCGUGGGCGUCUUCCAGUUCAUUAAAAGAGAAUCUAUAUUUAUUACAAAAAAAGUGCUCACUAUGAACAAAAAACGGUAAAACGGUCUUUAUAAAUGCAUUUUUAUGCUUAAUGGAGGUUAUUCUGCGGUUAGUUUACAAUGAUUUAAUUAUUGUGGGUCUGGGAAUAUUGAUUUUAGAAACAAGUAAUUGGAAGGUGUUAUUCUAUCUGUCAUUCCAUGGCUUAUCUAGGUCAGGAUGUGGGGUAAUCUAUAAUCUUUACUGCUAAAACCUUUAAAAAUGGCCUUAAUAUUGUUUGUUAUGUCAGAUUUGGCUUUUGACUGUGAGUAGUAAUAAAUUGUUAGAUUAAUGACCACAGACCUUAAAAAACCUUCCCUUUUCUAAACCUAAAUGAGGAAAAUCUUUAAGCAUUGAGUAUUUUCCCUUGUUUUUCAUUACUGACCUUUGGAGUACAGCUACGAGAGUAACUGGAGUGCAGUGGCAGUGAAGAAUUUCAUUCGUGUAACCAAUACCAAUGUUUCAGCAAAACAUAUUGACCUGUGGGCAGUGUUCUAUUAAAAAUAAAUGUGUUUAAUUUA